GCCCGCGAUCACUGGCUACUUCCCCCAGCGGCCAGAGGUCGAAGGUUGGGUCACCCUCUCCUUCUCGGAGCCCGUCUUCAAGCCAGGCGGCGCUCCAGGCGACGCGGCGGUCCAGGCGACUCUGGGCAGGCUCUCGAUGGACUGGAGCGGGGCCAACACGGGCCAGGUGAUCUCCAGGGCGGAGGUGCAGGCCGAGAUCUGGGAGGAGGCCAAGCUCAGGGUGCUGCUGGGGGGCCUCGUGCAGCCCGAGUUCUGGUACACCCUGUCCAUACCCGCGGCGUCGCUCGAGGACACUGCCGGAAACCUCUUCGAGGGGCUCCUGGAGGGCGCCCUGAGCUUCCGGGUCGCGCCAGAGUUCGCGGCCCAGAGCGUGGGGCAG